ACUCUCAAAUAUGUUGCCAUUUCAAUCAAAUUUUACUUAAUGUCAACCACAUGGGCCGUUUUUUGGUCAUUUCAUAACUUCGUGAGUGAAGCCUUAAGCUAGUGCUAGUGCUGCCCUGUUGCUGUGUACAUGACUACACUGUGUACAUGGCUCAGUUAGAGCCUGGCUGGGAUUAAGAUCUCUUGUGCAGCGUGGCUUGUCACCAACAGGACAGGAGGAAGACCAGGAGGCCUGUCCAGAGGCAGUGGUAGAGAGCUCUUCAGCAUGGAGAGAGCAUGGAGGUACACGGGGCUCUCCUCUGAUAAAGGAGUGCACAGUCUGCUGAGAGGGAGAGGGAGGGGUCGCCGGAAAACAUGGAGGUGGAGGGAGGGGCCUGGCCAGCAGCAGCCACUCCGGUGUCAGAGCCAACAGAGCUGGAAUGCAGCCAAGCUGGAGGAGCAGCAAGCACCAAGAGAGCGUUACAUCAGGGUUAGACAACACCUCCAGUCCUCCAGGGCAGCCCUCCCUUGGGAUAAGCAGGCUUCUCUACAUGUGAAGAGCACAACACUCCUUCCUGUGUCUGAUGGGGGAGAGGGAGGUGCCGGAUUCAGCCAGACCCCGUGGUCAGACCGGCGUUAGAUUGAUGGAGGACUGUCACCACGGGCCCAGGCCUUUGUAAAAAAACCAUGGGAUGUAUCGGCUCCAGGACCCUCACGGCGGAUGGUGUCCCAGUGCAGAAAGAUGGAGAACAGCUUUCUAUGGAAGACACCACCUCCAUUCUUCCUCGCCUAAAACGAAACUCCAAUGCCUAUGGGAUCGGGGCUCUGGCUAAGUCUUCACUUUCAGGUGUGUCAGGCGUGUCGCGGUCCAUGAAGGACAAGGUGACGAAGCCCACGGCGAUGGCGCAGGGCCGCGUGGCCCACAUGAUCGAGUGGCAGAGCUGGGGCAUGCAGACCGUGGGGGCCGGGGGCGGGGUCAUCACCAACGUGCAGCGGGAGCGUGAGCGCAAGCUGGAGAACGACGCCUACAGUGACCUCAGCGACGGGGAGAAGGAGGCGCGCUUCGCGGCAGGAGUUAUGCAGCAGUUUGCGAUCUCCGAGGCAACCCUGCUGGCAUGGACCUCCAUGGACGGGGAGAGCCUGAGCGCGGGGUCCAACCAGGGCAGUGUGGCCCUCCUCAGCGAAGCCAAUCAGGAGAGUAUCACCAGCCGGGACCCGAUGCACCACUCUUCCGCAGAAGUGUGGCCACAUACGUACGUAUCCCAGGGCCUCUACUGUCUCUCAUCCUCUGACGCCUGGGAGCCAAUAAGCAACGAGCCCUCAGGCGUGGCCUCCCCCGCCACUGGUUCCUACGUCAUGGGUGGCGGGACAUCCUGUGAGGGAUACGAAGGGAGCACCGCCCACUUCCUGUCUCAGCAGCAGCAGCAGCAGUUCAACCUACAGCAGCAGAAUCAAAUACAGCAGAUGCAGCAGCUACAGCAGAUCCAGCAUUACCAGCAACAGCAGCUGCUUCAGUAUCAGCAACAGCAACAACAGUCCCUGGAGCACAGGCUACACAGCGGCCCGCAGUCCCUGCAAGCCACGCCCAACAGCACCGUUCACAGCCUGGCUGCUCACACCCAUCCCCCGCUCGUGGAUUUAUGGGGCACGGGGCAGGCCGAGGCCUAUCAGACGGAGGCUGGGGGGUAUGCGGGCGUGUCGUCCGCGGAAGGGGCCGUGACGGCAGCUGGCGGGGAGGAGACAGGGGCGGACAACGCGCCUCUGCUGGAGCAGCAGGAGGAGGAGGAGGAAGAGGAGAAGGAGGUCAAGGAGGAAGAGGUGACGUUGUGUUUGGAGCCUGAGUCUGUAACCUUGACCUCGCCUGCACCAAGAGAUGAGGUCACCAGUGCAGGGAGCAGCAGUCCGGGUCUACCACCGGUGGAGCCAGUCACAGAGCAGAAGACCUCUGAUGUCACUUCCAGCGUAUCUCAAUCACUGGACGGAAAGGAUGAAGACAGGGAAGAUGUUCCGGUUGCUGUCGCGGCAACCAACUGAGUGACAGGUGCAGGAGAGAGACUGAUUGGUGCCCUGGUGAUGAACAUUCUGAUAGUGUUUAUCAAACAUGAAUCCAUCCGACAUGUUCCCUUCCGGGUAUCAGACAACUGUGUGACGGAAAAUAUUUCAGAGACUGUUUCGUGCAAAGAAGGAGCAAACGGUGGACAGAGUGAAAAUAGUUGAAAGACAUGGUUUUCUUUUAAGAUGAAUGUUCAACAGGCCCCUCUCUGGGAGAGAGCGAGGGGAGCUACGGAAUCGUGGGAAAAAUGGAGAAAGCCAAUAAAUUUACAAACAAGAGGAGGGAUGAAAGAAGAACAAAGGACUGAGAGGAAAGAAUAGUGGGCAAUAACGGACAGCAAAAAAAAUCUAAGGAUAAACCAGAGUACUACACCAGAAACCAAAAGACAAGGACAGACAGAAAUGUGCAUGCUUUUUAAAAAAAGAUAUAAGGAAGGAAUUCCAUCAAUAUAUAUACAAUAAUAAUAAUAAAGUAAUGAUACAUGACACAUAAUAAUUAUUAUAAUAAUUUUCUAUUGAAACAAAAAAAUACAAUAAAAAUGAUAAAUGUAUAUGUGUAUAAAACUAUAUAUACCUAAAGACACUAACAGAAUAUUUCUGAUUACACAGAUUCCUGAUGAAAAAGUGAUCAUGUUUUAACUCCAGACAUAAACCCACCCAAGUUAACUUUGCACAUAUUUAAAAGAACUACAACCAUUAAGAUCACUCUUCUGUGAAGUGGUUCUCAUGUUUGUACUUCCACCUUUGCACAGAUAUACACACUCUCACGGGCAAAUCUGGAAGGCUUUUCACUGAUGUGUCAUAAUCUCUAGCUACCGCAGCGUUCGGUCACAAUAGUGAAAUGAAUCAGGGCAGACGUGUUAAUGUUGACCGAUCAUUGUUGUGCAGUAACGUGCAGUGCAGCCCAUUCCACACAGUGCAGUUCAAUACAAUAAUACACUGCGCUGUGUGGCACUCCUUACUCCAUGGCACUAUGCUGGGCUGCACUGGACAAUGCUUUACAAUAUACUGCACAAUACUGGAUUGUAAAGAGAUAUGCUGUCUACUUUGUUUCUUUGGUACGCGUGCUGAAUUUGACUUCGGUGUACUACGGCAUACUGUACAACACUGUAUAGAUUUGCACUGAUCCAUAGUACACUGAGGUAGAAAAAGAGAAGUUCCAGAAUUUAUUUUACAGAAUCCGGUUCCUUUUUGAUGAGUCAACGCUUAUGAAUAGAGGAGAGGUAGAAUGGUUGAGUCUCAGCUCUUGCACUGGACAGCAAAGCUAGCUGGGGAAUGGAUUUUGAUGGAGCCACUCCUGGUUCUACUCCGAGCUUCUGCGUUUUUAUGACCGUCAAAGCUCCAGUGCCACCUACGUGCAACCAGAGCAAUCAGGACUUUCCACAACAAAACUCCAGAAACAACAUGGACCCUGGAACACUGCUCUAACAUGGGACCACAAGGAAAACAGAAACAUCUUCUACUGUUCUGGUUUCCUGUGAACUGACUGUGGCUUGGGAAACUGUGGUAGCACCAGUCUAGGUUUACUGUGACCUGGAUUGAGGUUUCAAAGAAAGGAGGCAAUUCUUCAAAGAGCAAAAGAAUGCAAACCAUAUGGAGGAGUUAAUUGAAGGCAAAUACAAAAGACAAAAUUCUAACAGACUGGCAAACACUAGCUUUUAAGGGCUUAUGCCCAUUGUCUCGCACAUAUGUACAUACUCCACACUAUAAGACCAAUCACCUCUCCUCUCAAGGCACCCAAAUUCUGUUCAGUCAACUGAGCUACAAUCUAUUUAUUUUUAUACUGUUAAUCUCACAGUAUGUUCUGUCAACAUUUAUUGCACAGUAUGAUGAGGAGAAUGGGAGGGUGUGUGGAAACCAGAACCAGAGAUUUUAGAACGUUUAAAAGGUUGUAUUGAUGACCGUAUAAAUGGGAAACGUUCUGAUGUUCGCAACUUGGCAAACAUCCUGCUCUGGGCAGGCUUGUUCCUGUUCGAAGUAAUUAUCUUGCUUGAACACACGCAUAUGCACACACACACACUAUGAACUGAGCAAGGGACAAGCUGAAUUGUACCUGUAUGAGUGUGUGUACCCAUGGGAAAAUAUGCAUCACAAAAGAAGAAUGGUUGUUGAUUUUUUUGAAAUAUGGAGUUUUUCUUGGGAAGAUUAUGUGCAUGAUUCACUGCAGACAUAGGACACACGAGUGACUAGCACUUAUUUGGACAGCAUCCAUCACUUUUGAUAUUUGUGUGAAAAGCUGAAAUAUAUUGACUUGAACUGAUUAAUUUAUUGAUUAUUUAUGCAAUGUUGGGACAAUGUUUAUUUUUUUAUGAAACUGUUGGCACUCCCACCCAAAUAAGAUAGAAUGCGACUUGUUGAAUCCUCUGGUUCCCUGCUGUGUUGUGAGUGGGGAGGAGCUCUGCAGACAGCCCGUCACCGUGAGGUCAGUCGACGUGGCACUGCGCCCUCUGCAGCUGGAUGCAUCGGUGAUCACUGGAUGCACUGGUGAUCACUGCAUCCAACUGCCUUCGGGUUCGAUUGUAGCACAAACGGGAAAACUCUGGAUGUUGAUCACACGCGUUCGUUUAUUUAUUUAGGAAUGGUGGGAUACCGUGGAAUCCUGUACAAACUGUAAUUUGUCUCGCUGGAGGGUGUGUGCAUAUGUAGAUAUUGACAAUAAAAAUAUAGAUAGCCUUCUUUGGAAGCAAUAUCAUUUGCAUCGUUGAAAUGUGUUUUUAAAAAAGGAUUUCUGGAGAGUUACUUUCAAUGCUGAUGUUUGCAGUGGCCAUGUCAGUGGGCACAGGGGAACGACAGGACACUCCUUACAUUUCUACAGCAGGCCUCCAUGUGAUUAUUAGUGCUAUCAGGACUCCAGUUUACCCACAGUGCCCAUUUGGAUAAGUGGCUGUUCAGUGCAUCCUGAAAGCAUGCAAUUACAAAAUGAAAUUAGUUUAAUGAAUCAUGGAUGAAUCAGUGAAUCAUAUUGCUUCAGAGAAGGUGGUCUAUUGCUUUUGUCUCCAUAGUAGUGAAUAUUUGAAGAGAGAGAGGCUGAGAGAGAGAUAGAGUGUGAGAGAGGAAGGGAGCGAUAGAGAGAGAGAGAGUGAGAGAGAGAGAGAAGCCAAAUUUCUUUCCAUGGAUAUUAUUAAAGUUUAAUAAUGUCCGUACUGAUAUUUUGAUUGUUUUCUGAUUUUGGUUUAUUUUUUGUAUGAUUCUACUGCCAUCUUUCAAUACAAACUGUCUUCAGGCAUGAAUUUAUAUCUUCUUCCUAUUUGCCUUCCUCUGCCCUCCUCUUUUACAUGUUCUGUCCGUGUAUCCGUGUGCCAUUCUGUCAGUCUGUCAGUUUGUCUUUCUGUCUGUCACUGUGAGGAACUGUUUUCUGUUCCAUUGGGAGGAAUCAUAACCUGAAACAUAUAUUUGAAAUUCACUUGAGCAAUUGGGCAAAUGCCAUGGAGGGCUCCUACAUUUUAAAUACAGCGAUGCAUUGGAAUGUAUAUAAAAAAAACUAAAUUCUGACAAAUGUGUGAACAUUUUAACAAUGCAUUUGACUAAUAUAAUCAUGUGUGCCCAUACCUAUACAUGCAUAUCUACAGGUUGUAAAUAAAUGGUUCUUCCACAUGGAUGUGUGUGCCUAUGUGUACCUUUCUGAAUCAAUCCUUCUUCUUCCCUCCUUUUUCCUGCACGAAAAAACCGCUCCAUCCCAAAGCCGUCACUUUCCCCAACUCUGUCCUCCAGCCAGAAAAAAAAACAAAAACAAAAACAAACAAAACAAAAAGAAAUGGAGAAAGAGCAAAUAAACAAACAAACAGACAAA